CCGUGCCUCUUUCAUUAAAGUAGAGUUGGGAAAUGUGAGCCCGCCCCCUUUCAGGAGUCAAAAAAAAAAAAAAAAAAGAGAAAAAAUCGAUUAUUUCUCCUCGCUCUGGGAGAGGAGAGGGUUUGGGGAAAGACUCGGUCGGGAUUGUGGGAAGGAACAGAAACAGCCUCUCAACCUCACCAGCAAGCUCCAGACGUCCAGCUGUACACCAGCACCACCUCAGCCAUCGCCGCUACAUCGCUACACCCGGACCCUCUCCGCUCACCGGCACCUCGCAGAGAAACCAGGCGAAGCGUCCUUGCCGCUUCCUGCGCACACACUGUCCGAUCAGAGAGAGAGAGAAAGAGAGAGAGACGGAGAGAGAGAGAGUGUGUGAUAGAGAGAGAGGGGGAAAGAGAGGGAGAGAGAGUAGUUUUCUCUGACAUUAUAGAGACUCCAACCACGUACUGUAGGUUACUUUUUUCCUCCCGGCGACGUCCUCUGCUAAGUUGCGCUCCUGGAUUUUAAGUGCGUCUUGACGAAGUCCGUCCCCAUCAAGCAGCGGCUUCAACCUUCCUGUCAAUCGGCCGGACCGAACAACCGGCGGACCGCUUGUUGUAUCUUACACUUCAUCCGGACAAGAUUUCAUACGAAAUAAAGUACGGAUGCUGGAAUCUUUGACUUGAUUGGAACAAAUAGAAAGCAGAAAAAAGACAGAUUAAGAAAGAGCAGAAGAGUGAAGAGAAAGAAGAAGAAAGAGGAGAGUGAAGAAAGCAUAAAGUUCUUUAGAAAGAGGAGAGAAAGAAAGAGACGGGGACGAUGGGGAGGAAAAAGAUUCAGAUCACGCGGAUUAUGGAUGAACGCAACAGACAGGUGACAUUUACAAAGCGAAAGUUUGGCCUGAUGAAGAAGGCGUAUGAGCUGAGUGUGCUGUGUGACUGUGAGAUUGCCCUGAUCAUCUUCAAUAGCACCAACAAGCUAUUCCAGUAUGCCAGCACAGACAUGGACAAGGUCCUGCUUAAAUACACCGAGUACAAUGAGCCCCAUGAGAGCAGGACCAACUCCGAUAUUGUGGAGACAUUGAGAAAGAAGGGCCUAAACGGCUGUGACAGCCCAGACCCCGACGCAGACGACUCGGCAUUGAGCAAGAAGGAGAACAAAGGCGACGAGAGCCCGGAGCUCGAGUCUACUCUCACCCUCACCCCACGCACUGAGGAGAAAUACAAACAGAUUAACGAGGAGUUUGAUCACAUGAUUAAAACUCAUACGAUAUCUGCCGUGCCCCCAUCGAACUAUGAUAUGCCUGUGUCCAUUCCUGUUAGCAACCAGAACAAUCUCAUUUACAGCCAUCCUGGUGGUUCCCUAGGCAACCACAACCUGUUGCCACUGGCACACCAUGGCCUACAGAGAAACAGCAUGUCUCCCGGAGUUACUCACAGACCCCCCAGUGCAGGUGGCCUCAUGGGUGCUGACCUCACCACUGGCGCAGGCACCAGUGCUGGAAAUGGAUAUGGCAACCACCGCAACUCACCAGGUCUGCUGGUCUCUCCCGGUGGCAUGAACAAGAACAUGCAGGCUAAGUCUCCCCCACCCAUGAACUUAGGCAUGAACAACCGCAAACCUGACCUACGUGUGCUCAUCCCCCCUGGCGCCAAGAACAACAUGCCCUCCAUCAACCAGAGAAUAAACAACUCUCAGUCUGCUCAGUCCUUGGCCACCCCAGUGGUAUCAGUAGCAACUCCCACUCUACCAGGACAAGGCAUGGGUGGUUACCCAUCUGCCAUCUCUACUUCUUAUGGUACCGAGUAUUCCCUGAACAGUGCAGACUUGUCCUCCCUGUCUGGCUUCAACAGCGGCAGCUCCCUUCACCUCGGCUCAAUGAGCGGGUGGCAACAGCAACACCUUCAGAACAUGCAGCAUUCAGCCCUUGGCCAGCUAGGAAAUUGCUCUAGCUCUCACUUAUGUCAGGGUUCAAAUCUCUCCCUGCCCUCUGCUCAAAGCCUGCACAUCAAGUCCGAACCUGUUUCUCCUCCUAGAGAUCGCACCAGCAGCACACCGGGGGGCUACGGUGGCGGAAUACCACCUCCCCAGAACCCCUCGUCCCGCCAGGACUCGGGACGCUCCCCUGUUGAUAGCCUGAGCAGUUGUAGCAGCUCCCAUGAGGGCAGCGACCGUGAUGAGCACAGGAAUGAGUUCCACUCACCUCUGGGACUGGCCCGGCCCGCCCUGGACGAGCGCGAGAGCCCCUCCAUCAAACGGGUGCGCCUGUCAGAAGGAUGGGCGACAUGAUAGCUCUGACCACUCCCCGGCAGUGCCCCGAGUUGCCCUGAGCCCCGACAACGCGGCGUUCCCUCCUCUUCCUCCUCUCACUCGAUAUCACGAGUCACUCACCAACCAACCCCAUGGCCUCUCUCCUUUUAUCUCUUUAACGCUGAAGGAAAGAAAAGGGACAGCCCUUUUCAAAAAUAUGUUUGAAUUUUCUUUUCGUUUUUUUCUUUUCCUUUUUCUUUUUGCUGAUUGUGUGUGUGCUAUACAUAUUGACAUUAUAUAAACCAGUGGGGUGUUGUAAUGGGGGUUUGGGAGGGUGGGUGUCGGUUGGGAUGGGAUAUAGGGGUAUUUUUGUUGGGGAACUAUGCAUAAAUUGUAUUGUGUGUGGAUAAAAAGAAUCAUGUAUGCAUAUAUCUUUACACGUGUGUGUAUGUGUACAUAUAUGCAUAUCAACAAAUAAACAAAAAAAAUAGUCAGGUACUCUGUUUCAUAAAACGUACUCACACUUUGCCUCAGCGAUAUAUCAGUGACUAGAGACAAAAAAAGGAAAAAAAACAUUAACAUGAGAGUGAGUGUGUCCAGUGGAAAAACACCUUAGCACUUGAGUUGGACAAACAAUACAUGUGUACAGUGUCAGUUUCAUUGCUAUAUACCUUCUCUGCAGUUCUCCCUUGCAAAAAUGUGUGUUAACAUUAGAUGAUGUCAUGUUGCAGGUUCAACGUAUUUAUGUAAAUAGAAGGUCAAGGGGGGAAGGGCAGGGGUCAAAAGUUGCCAGACAUUACAAGAUUUAUUUACUCACUAAAUGAAAAGCUAUUAUGCAACAUUUGAAGGAUUGUACAGGUAAACAGGCAGACCCAAUGCUAAAUGUGUGGAACCCUUGAUGAUUUUAGUGCUCCCCUUAAAGAAUGGAGCUGAGCAAGGACCACCCUCUGAUCUAAGAGCUACGUUAGUGUAAUCAAGAAAACUCUGGAUCUAGUAUUAAUAUUCAAUGUUGAUAAUCAAAAAAGGAAAAAAUUAAAAACAAUUGUACGAUACACUUGCUUCUAUUUUCAUAUGAAAGGAAUACAAUGCAAAGCAUUUUUGUGGCUUUUUGUAGUUUCUAUAAGCCAGAAUGUGUUUUUUGAUAGCUUUGCUAAUAAGAGAUGGAUAGUUCGCCCAGAUGGGAAAUGACAGGGCUUCGAAGCCCUAAGCCAUGAAAAACUGAGAUCCAAUGCUUUGCUGAACUGUUUUAUCUUUGUAGAGGUCUGUUUUUAAACGUGUAUUUCUAAUUAUAUAUAAUAAUGGUAAUAUUAAGAAUCUUUAAAAAAAAAAUCUGUGAAAUUAACAUGCUUGUGUAUAGCUUUCUAAUAUAUAAAUAUAUACUAAUGAUUUUUGUUGGUUUCUUAGUGGAGUUUCUAUGUGCAGUUGCACAUGUUGUCUGGUUUGUUUAAUUUGAGCCCUGAACAUUGCUGUUCAGGGGUGUAUUUAGUCUAACCUUAAAAACCAGCUGGAAAGCAUUGCCAGGGUUUGUGUCACGGAGGAAAGACAGGCCAGAAUGCUGAAAAACAACCUGUUAGUGGAAAAUGUCAUGAGACUGGAACUGGGGAUGACACAGAAAUAAAUGUUGACACAUGAUUGUCAUUCUGACGAGUGAAAUGAUUGACCCUCAAUCCAUGUCUAGAUGCAUUUUAAUGCAUCAGAUAUUAUAUUCUUAACCUUAAUUAUCUAAUAUAGUAAUAUAAUCUCAUAAAAUAUGUUUUGGAAUCAGUGUUCUGCUCCAUCUCAAAUCUUCACCACAGUGUUAGCUUGUGUUCAAGAUGACCCAAUCUACACUUUUUUUUUUUAAUCAUAUUUAUGGAAUAUCAUUUGUUGAACACAUUUUUGUUAAUAAUUAUCCCUGAUCAUUUGCAAACCUAAUUUAAUUCUGUGCCGUCUUGUGACUCCUCAUGUUCCACUCUUCAAAACAGGGUUCCACAUCAUUUGCCACAUGUUCCUGACGGUUCAGCGUCAGAUACGCAAGGACAAAUUGAUCAUGCUGGUCUGAAAGAAGCACAAUUGUUUAUUUUAAAUAAAUUGUUGUUUUGAUUUUCUCUUUUUUAAACAAUGAAACUAGCCACAUAUCUCUCUGCCUCCCACUCCCAUAUCUGCUGUCACUUAAGUGUUCUAUGUGCAUAUUUCAUGAAGGUUCACUAUGUUGUUACUGUAUACAGUCUGUGUAGUCAAACAGAGGCAGAGCCUCUAUAAUGGUGUUAUUCUCUUUUUUUUAAUUCAAUACAAAAAGGUUGAGAAAAAAAAAUAAACAUGAUGUUUCAGGCAGCAUAAGUGUGGAGAAACCAAAGCCAGUGGCAUUUCUGUGUUGUAAACUCAACUUUUAUUUUCACAUUCAUUUAUGGUUUUUGCAAGCGUUGAAAUAAGACAAUAAAAGAAUUUGCUCAAAUGUACAAUUGGUUUCACAUUUCAAUUUCAGUCAGUCAAAUGUAGCUUUAGAUAUCAAGCUGCAUAGUCAAUACCCACAACAAAAAUGUACCUGUUUUGUUGCUCAUUUGCCCAACAUGCCAACAUGUCCUGAUGAUUCUUUUGAGUUCUGUAGGUUUGACAAUAAUAUUAACUAAAGCCAUGGAGAAAACUUUAGAUCUUUGUUUUUUUCCUUCUUGUGUUUGUUAAAUUUGAAGCCAUUCUUUUGCAUCACCUGUUGAUCAGUUGUUCUUUUACAUUAUUAUAAUAGGCUAAAUGUUGGUACCUCAAAAUUUACCCAAGCAGUACCUCAGCUGAUGUUUUGAUAAGUCACUUGCAGUGAAAAGGGGAGACCAUACACCUGUACAGCCAUGUGUAAUAACCAUGUAAUACCAGUGCUUAAGGUCCCUACAUUCACAUGGGAUUCUUUGUUGCUCCACCGUGUUUGUGGUUUAUUUAAGUUGUAUUCAAAGGCUGAAAAGGAUCUUUUUAAAAAGAGUAUUAUGUUACAAUGCUUAAAAAGUCAGUCUGUAGUAUCACAUGUAGCUUGUAUAAACCUGAAAGUGGGGGAGGUUUGGAACUAAUGUUUUCUGGAACGCAAGAGCGGCUUUCAGCGGCAUAAGCUGGCCUUUGUCGCCACUUGAGACUAAGAUGGUAUUAAAUUAAAUCCACAUCUCUGUAACUCAAGGGACUUGAUUCAGCUGUAUGUAGUGAAAACGUAUAGGGAUGAAAUAAAAGUCUCCUCUGCUGGAGGGAAAGGC